AUGGCCGAGGCCGAGCAAGACUUCUCUUCCCUACCGCUGCCUGACCGGUUCGCUCACAAGAACUGGAAAGUACGAAAGGAGGGAUACGAGGACGCCAAAGCACAAUUCGAAAAGACCCCCGACGAAUCAGACCCAGUAUUCACGCCGUUUCUGCAAGAUCCCAGUCUAUGGAAAGGGGCGGUCGCCGACUCCAACGUGGCCGCGCAGAUCGAGGGACUCGGAGCAUACUGUGCUUUCUUGAAGUUCGGAGGCACGGCGGCAUGUACAAGAACUCGGAACUUCACGGUCGGCCCGAUUGCGGAGAAGGGCCUCCCCUGCGCCAGACCGGCGGGUAAGACCAGCGCGCAAGAAGCUCUCCUAUUAUGCGUCGAAAUCGACAAAGCGGAUCCCGUUCUCGAAGACCUUCUACCCACACUAUCUCACAAAGUGCCAAAAGUUAUCGCCGGUGCCCUGGCGGCCUUGACUGUGAUCUACCAUAACUUCGGGUGCAAGAUUGUGGAUCCGAAGCCCACUCUCAAAGCGCUGCCCAAGGCUUUCAGUCAUGCAGACAAGAAUGUCCGAGCAGAGGCACAAAAUGUGACGGUUGAAUUAUAUCGAUGGCUCCGUGAGGCUAUCAAGCCACUUUUCUGGGCCGACUUAAAGCCUGUCCAGCAGCAGGAUUUGGAGAAGCUCUUUGAGAAAGUGAAGGAAGAGCCAACACCCAAACAAGAGCGAUUCACUCGCGCCCAACAAGAUGCGAUGGCUGCGGCCAGUGCAGCUCCCGGUGGAGCUGACGGUGUCGACGAGGAGGGAGGCGAGGAGUUUGUCGAGGAGGAAGCAGAAGAAGUCAAUGCUUUCGACCUUGCAGAGCCUGUCGACGUCAUGCCUAAAGUUCCCAAGGAUCUUCACGACCAACUCGGUUCAUCGAAAUGGAAAGAUCGAAAGGAAGCCCUGGAUGCUCUUUAUAACGCCAUCAACGUGCCCCGUAUCAAGGACGGCCCUUAUGACGAUAUUGUACGGGCUCUGGCUAAGUGCAUGAAGGACGCCAAUAUCGCAGUCGCCACAGUGGCAGGUAACUGUGUCGACCUCCUGGCCAAGGGUCUGCGCGAGGGAUUUGCGAAGUACCGAUCCACCAUUAUGGUUCCCAUGCUGGAGCGCCUGAAGGAGAAGAAGGUGACAGUGGCGGAAGCUCUUGGUCAGGCCUUGGACUCCGUUUUCUCAUCAACUGGUCUCUCAGAGUGCCUGGAAGACAUCAUGGAAUAUCUCAAGCACAAAAACCCGCAGGUCAAACAAGAAACCCUCAAGUUCCUGAUCCGCUGCCUUCGAACAACCAGAACUGUUCCAGCCAAGCCAGAGCAAAAGUCAAUUGCCGACGCGGGUACCAAGCUACUCACCGAGUCGACAGAGGCCAUUCGGUCAGGAGGUGCUGAAGUCUUGGGAACGCUAAUGAAGAUUCUCGGUGAACGAGCAAUGAACCCAUACCUGGACGGACUUGACGAGAUACGCAAAACCAAAGUCAAGGAGUACUUCGAGAUUGCUGAAGUGAAGGCCAAGGAACGCCCCAAGCCCAUCGUUGCUCCUCCCAGGCCUGCAGCCCCUGCGGGGAAGAAGGCUUUGCCCGGAAAGAAGCCUGCAGCAGGCCUGAAGAAGCCCGGUCCCGCGGCUGCUGCACCCGCGGCCAAGGCGAUUCCCUCAAAGCUCGGCGGUCUUUCUAAGCCUGGCCUGGCUGCACCUGGAUCCAAGCUCCGAAGUAAGCUAGGUGGACCUGGUGGUGUGGCUUCUCCACAAAGGAGAGUCGCUGAGCCCCCUGCGGAAGAGGCAGCACCAGCCCCAGCUCAGCCCAAGUUUGGUCUUGGUCGUGGCCUUGCAGGCCGCCCGAUUGCGAAGCCCGCGGCACCUGUCGAGACUGCCCCGGCUCCACCUCCCGCACCAGCUGGAAUGACCGCAGCUGAGAAAGUGGAGAUGGAGGAACUUCGAUCAGAGCGGGAAAAGCUCGCCCAUACAAUCGAGGACAUGAAAUCGGAGCGAUCAAGCCUCAACUCUCAGAUCACUGAGCUUCAGAAUCAGAACGCACAGUUGAUUGAGGAUCACACAAGAGAUGUACUGAGCAUUAAGGCGAAGGAGACCCAAUUAGUUCGGGCUCGCAGUGACGCCGAGGCUGCUGAGCAAAACGUCCAGAAGCAGCAGAGGGAGAUUGAACGACUGAAGCGGGAGCUAGCACGCGCCCUUCGUGCGUCUGCAUUGAGCCCACCCCACGGUGGAUCGGACGCCGACAGCAUGGGUAUGUCAGAGGCCAAUUCUCUCUACCAAGAACCUGCCAGCAAUGGACAUAUAGCCGCAGCUCGAUCUGGGCUUCACCUGGGAUCUCGCUUCGAAAGCGCACGACCUCAAAGUUAUGCAUCCAGCAACCCAAGCGAAGAGAAGGAAAACACUGGUCUUGAAUCUCCAGGAUUCGGCACCCGAGAUAGUGGACUGGGCCGACGCAAGCUCAGCCCGACAUAUGGUUACUCGGGUAUCGGCAGUCCAACACGAUCAUCUACGCGGAACUCCACCAAUCAAACCGACGAGGAGGGACAACCGCGGACUGCUCAGCCUGCUGAGAACUGGAAGCGAGCUGCUGAAGUUACCAGCCAGCUCAAAGCCAGAAUUGAACAAAUGAAGGCUAAACAAGGACUUUCACGACCCUCCGCUCAACGCUAA